AUUUUUCCGGGAUUUUCCCUUGAAUUUCUCCCGAAUUUUCCAGGAAUUCACCCGAGUUUUCCAGGAAUUCCUCUUGAAUUUUCCUGGAAUCUCCUGCUCCGGACGAGGCUUCGCUGCUGGAGCUGGAGGCGGCUGCUGCGGGAGGAGGGCGUCGAGCACCGCCUGUGGACGGAGCAGCCCGAGGGCGUCGCCACGGGGCUGGCGCUCCGGCCCUAUCCCAAGGAGCGCGUGCAGCGGCACCUCCGGAAUUUCCGGCUGCUCCGCUGACUGCGGCCACCCAGGCCGCCGUUCUCCUCGCGAGCUGGGAAUGCUGGGAAUUUUCCAGGAAUUCUCGGAAUUCCGGCCCGUCCCCUGUGGGUUCUGUUCUCCCCGGGGAUUCGGUGUUCCUCGGUUUCCUACCACGCCCAGCCCCAAAUUCCCGAAAUUUCUGCUCUUCCCACGUCCCGAAUUCUCCCAAAUAACAGAACUUCGGGCUCCA